AUGAAAGACAUUGUCGCCCCUUACGCCCUCCUGCGCCAUCCGGUUUCCCUUUCCACCCUCGACGUCCCCGCGCCCUCCCUCUGUACCCUAUCUGCCCUCUCCCGUUUCCCUUGCGUUCCCUCCCACCUCUCGCGAUCCCACUUCCUCCCCCUUCCAUUCCCGCACCUCCCUGCCCUACGCAAUCCUGUCCGCCUUUCACUCUGCCUCCACUCGCCGUUCCCUCACCUGCAACAGCUCGUUACCUCGUCUGAAGUCCGCAUCCCACCCUCGCCGUUGGGACCUCACCCCCGGCUCCAACCCUUCGCCAUGACCUCAAUCUCCCAAGACGAAGACCUGGAUGCCGCUCUCUAUCCGAUCGCCGUCCUCCUCGACGAACUCAAGAACGAAGAUCUUGAGCUGCGUCUGAACGCCACCCGUCGCAUCAAAACCAUCGCCGAAGCCCUCGGCCCCGAGCGCACCCGCGGCGAGCUUCUCCCCUUCCUCGCUGACAGCAUCGAUGACGAGGACGAAAUCCUUCUUGCCCUAGCCACCGAGUUCGGCGACUUCAUUGAGGAAGUUGGCGGCUCACCGCAUGCGUACGUCCUCGUCGAACCCCUCGAGACCCUCGCCACUGUCGAGGAAACUCUCGUCCGAGAGAAGGCCGUCGAGAGUUUGCACGCUCUAUCUGCCACCAUCGCAGACCUUUCCGAUACCGAUAGCCGUACCCUCCACGUCGACCACAUGUUUCCUUUGCUACAGAGACUCGCCUCCGGCGACUGGUUCACCUCAAGAGUCUCCGCCUGCUCGCUUCUCCCGGAUAUAUACAGGCGCAUUCCGGCUGACGAGGUCAACGCCCGUACAGAGGUCCUCAAUCUCUUCAAAUCCCUCGCGGAGGACGAGACGCCCAUGGUUCGUCGGACUGCCGCCGUCGAGAUUGGAAGGGUUGCCCAGUCGCUCAACAAUUUGGACCCUACCUCCAUCCGUAACGCAUUAGUGCCCGUAUUUGCCGAUCUCGUCGAAGAUGAUCAAGAUAGUGUCCGUAUCGUUGCCGUGCAAAACGCCGCAACGUUUGCGGGUGUCGUUAUGAAGCAGAAGACUGGCGACGGAGCAAAUCGCGUUAUUGAACUGGUACUUGGAUUUACUACGGACAAGUCUUGGCGGGUUCGUUACGUUGCGGCUGAUGAAUUGAACGCCUUAUGUGAUGCUCUAGGUUCAGAACCCACUAAGAAAGACCUCCUCCCUGCGUUUGUUAAGCUUCUGACGGAUAGCGAACCAGAAGUUCGAACUGCCGCGGCGAACAAGGUUACUGCCGUUGCACAAAGGAUCAUAGAGCUCCUUCCGUCUGAAAUCGUACCGGUUGUCGAGGAAAUGGUCUCUGAUGCAUCGCAACACGUACGUUCCGCGCUGGCCUCUAACAUCAUGGGUCUCGCUCCCAACCUUGCCACGAGCGAGGCCGUGAAUACGCUUGUCGAUGUGGUCAUGGCUCUUUUGAAAGAUGAAGUGCCUGAGGUGCGCCUCAACGUGAUUUCUCGCUUGGAGAAAGUCAGUUUUAUCAUGUCGAGUGAGAAGCUAAGCAGGGAGUUGUUGCCGGCUGUUGUUGAUUUGGCUGAAGACAAGAACUGGAGAGUUCGACUGGCCACUAUGCACCAUAUCCCUUUGCUUGCCAGCCAGCUUGGUCGCGACUUUUUCGAGGAAAAUGCCAAGCUGGGUGACCUCUGCAUAAGUUGGCUCGGUGAUUGUGUAUAUUCUGUCCGUGAAGCUGCUAUUGCGAAUCUAAAAGCAGUCACAGAGGUGUUUGGGAUUGGAUGGGCAAAGGAUCACAUUGUUCCGCAAGUGCUUGGGAUGUACGACAUGUCUAACAAUUAUCUGUUGCGCGUCACUUCUCUUCAUGCUAUUGGCGUUCUUGCAGAAGUUGUCGGUUCAGAAACUGUGGAGGAAUUGUUUCUUCCAAUUAUUACUGAAAGAGCAUAUCGAGAUCCAGUCCCCAAUGUCAGGUUUUGUUCUGCCAAGACUCUGAACCUUGUCAUUCCAUAUGUUCGCCAGGAUGUCCGGGAGUCAAAGAUUCGACCAUGUUUACUAUCACUUGUCGAUGUCAACGAGAAGGACAAGGACGUUAACUAUUUUGCCCAGCAAGCGCUGCAAAAGCUCGGAACCUGCCCCUCUUGACUUCAUUUUCACAAACAAUAAAUCAACAGUCGUGUAUUUGUACAGCGCAAUCUA